AUGGCGUGCUCCGGACAGGUGACGAGGAUGUCCCCUAUGUAUUGUAUGUUGAUGACACCAGGCAGGCAGGAAGCAUGCUGCACAUUUUUUUCACUAGAUCCAGGGAUCACACACUCUGCCGGUGUCCUGAAGCUAACAUGAGGCAACCUCCUCACCACAGGAGCUAAGACACCUCCAGCAACAAGUGUGUGGAGCUGACAAGAAGAGGGUGUGUGUGUGUUACAGCAGCUCAGGGCGGGAGGGCAGAGCUUGUCCUGGACUCUCAGCCCUCCUGCAAAACACACAUAUAUAUCAUACUGCUCGCCUCUCAGCCCUCCUGCAGCACACACUCACAUAUAUAUUAUACUGCUCGCCUCUCAGCCCUUCUGCAGCACACACUCACAUAUAUAUUAUACUGCUCUCCUCUCAGCCCUUCUGCAGCACACACUCACAUAUAUAUUAUACUGCUCGCCUCUCAGCCCUUCUGCAGCACACACACAUAUAUAUUAUACUGCUCGCCUCUCAGCCCUUCUGCAGCACACACUCACAUAUAUAUUAUACUGCUCUCCUCUCAGCCCUCCUGCAGCACACACUCACAGUCUCACACACAUAUAUUAUACUCCUCUCUCCGAGUAGUGUGGUCUGGCCAACCCGGACGGUGCAUCGCUGACAGUCGAGCAAAAGCCCUCUCUGGAGCGCAGGGCGUGGGGCACUCACUGAGCCAUGGGCUAGAGGAGGGGUACAGCCUGGCCCACUGCAUGACCAUGGCUGUGCCAGCACUCCCGAAUGGACCCACCGGGCGCACUCGCAGUGCUCUGAUCACUUGUGGAUCUUAGAACUUUCACAUUCUCUUUUGGAACUCUCCCACCACCCUGCAUGUUCCUCCCGGCUGCUUCAUUCCUUUAUCGCAGGAGGAUGCUUUCUAGCUGCAGAAAGAGUGCCUCCAACAAGUCUCCGCAGGGUCGCGACAACGAUUACCCACGAGUACAGUGCUGUUUCGGCGGGCGUCUGUGUCGGAUAUACUAGCAGGUCCAGGAGAUGUUACCAGGCUGUGGCCGGAGCACGGGGAAAAGGUUGAUAUGUCGAUGUUUGACUACUCUAUAUGUGGUUUUGGUCCUCCCUAUCAUACCAUCCUUCUGCCAGGUGCAGAGGGUGCCCUUUCAGAGAGGAGCUGUCAACUGGUUUGGCCCCGAGCAUAGUCCACCUCUGAGGUCCAGCAAUGAGUGGGGUUCAUGGCAGAGCUGGUCUCCGUGUUCCCGGACGUGUGGAGGGGGAGCUGCAGUGCGCACCCGGCAUUGUGCUAUAAGAGAUUCAUCAGGACCAGACUGCCCUGGAGACACGAGACAGUACCAAGUGUGUAACAUAAAGGACUGUCCGUCUGGAGUGACCGAUUUCAGGCAUUUCCAAUGCUCUGCUUACAACAACAAGCCUCUAAUGGGAAUUUACUACAGAUGGGACCCUUUCCAGUCAGGACAAGGAGACUGUGAGCUGAGCUGCUUGGCACAGGGGCAGAAUUUCUAUUACAACUUUGGCAGAGUGUUGGAUGGAACGUCAUGCCGAACCGAGUAUGAUGGUGUCUGCAUUAAUGGGCAGUGCUUGCAAGUUGGCUGUGACUUCAUCUUGGGAUCGGAUGCGCAAACUGAUAUCUGUGGAGUUUGUGGAGGGAGAAACGUGUCUUGCCGACACCAUCACAAUGUCUACACUACAAAGUACCCGGCUUCUGGGCUUUUUGGAUACAAUGAAGUGACCGUGAUCCCUGCAGGUGCCACUAAUAUCAGGGUGACUGACAAGAGCAAUAAUUAUUUGGCUCUGCGAAACAGAAAUUAUCAUUAUGUAAUCAAUGGGAACUGGGCCAUUAACCAUCCCGGAGUCUUCAGUGUGGCAGGUACCAAGAUCCAGUACAAGCGCUCUGCUGAUAAUACGGAGACUCUUGAGACUGCAGGACCAACAGAUGAGGAUUUACAUGUCAUGGUCCUCUUCACAGAGCAGAACUCAGGCAUAGAAUAUGAGUACUGGCUUCCUAAGGAUUACUAUAUACACCAUCAGAGAGACCGCAGCUCGUUGCAAGAAACUGUGGAGACAGUCGUAUCACCGACUAUACCUGCUACCCUACCUCCUCCGCCAACAACGAGGCAGAGUGCACUAUCGCUAACAACAAAGAGACGCCCACACCAGCCUCGGCUUGAAAGAGACAACACUGAGCUGAACAGAAUAAUUGAAUCUAAAAGAGAUGAUAAAUGUGGAAAGUGCCGGAGAGUAAAGGGACGGCAAAACAAAAUCAAGCAGUAUUGUCGGAAGGACUUUGUUUUCAGAGGGAGAAUCGUCAGUAAAAAGAUCAUAGGCAAGGAAACGCGUUAUGAUGUCCUGGUUGUACUGACCUACAAGAAUAAUUUCCCUAUCCUGAGACGUGAGUACAUGUGGGUCCCCAACACGUGCGACUGUCCCAACCUACUGGAGAAUAGGGAAUAUAUUCUGAUGGCAAGGAGGCAUGUAAACUAUGAGAGGACUCUAAACAGGAUAUUGCUGGAGACUGAAAGCUUUGUACGCCUUUACAGACCAAAAGAGGACAAGAUGCUUCGUGAUCUUGAUCAAGAAUGUACCAAGCAUGGAUACCAAAUAAACACAAAUCAAAAUCCGUGACCCUUCUGAUAAGCGAUAAUGUGGCACUGAGAAUUUAUUGCAUGUACUGUGUGCGCACAACAUAUUUAAAAAUGUUAUUGGACAGUUUGCUAAUGUGGACAUAAUAUUUAGCAACUGGUGCUACAUGCUGGAAGGAACAUCGGCAUUGAAAAGGAACCACCUGUUUCUAAUCUGCCUAAAGAGUGAAAGCCUUAAGGGGGCAUUAUCUCCGGAAAACACAGAAGGGGAUGUUAGCACGAAUUCACUUAAUAUCUGUAUACAUAUAUAUUUGAAUAUGGAUAUUGUCUCUAUGUAUUUUUGUCUUGUAUUACAUGCACAGCUUACUUUUCCCUAUUUUAAGGUGGUGACACUUCCCCUUGUAAAUUCUUAGACCCCCACUCCUCCCUCUCCAGUUAACCAAACCGGUCCAAAGGCACCAAAGAUGGUGUAUGGUGAACAAAACUUGCCAAAUAUGUUUUUGUUGUAUUUAAUUGUAAACCAUAAUGCAAAUUCUAAACAUCCUAUUUUUUACCAUCUGUAUUAAAAAAAUGUAUAUUCAGCUUUAUAUUUAUAGAACAAAACACAGAGAUGCAUAUGUGGUAUGCAUAAUUUAUUUUCACAUGUUUUGGAAAAUGACCUCUCACUUGCAAAGAGUCCUGCACAUGUGUGCAAGUAUUGCUAUAUUUAUAUAAGGUGAUAUGUACAAAAGGCGUGUGUAAGUUUUGGUAUGCGUGAGAUUGUAUGUAUGAAAUAUGUUUUACAAUGCAGUUAUUAAAAAAGAUAUCUGUACAAACCCAGAAAAUUUCUGUCCUAUAUUUUUAAUCCAUAAAAAAGACAAUUUUUGGCUUA